AUGCUCUCACGAUCAUUGUGGGCGCGCACUGCUGCGCCGCUCAGGCGCCAGGCCGUUGCUCCUUUCGCCGCUCGUCGCUCCGUGACCACCGAUGCCGCCUCUGCGCAUGCUGAAAAUAUUCCUGAGGAAGAUGACAAGCCCUUCACAGUCCAGCUUUCCGACGAGAGCUUCGAGACCUACGAGCUCGAUCCUCCUCCUUACACCUUGGAGACAACCAAGAAGGAGCUGAAGCAGAUGUACUAUGACAUGGUUGCGACCAGACGAAUGGAGAUGGCCGCCGAUCGUUUGUACAAGGAAAAGAAGAUUCGCGGUUUCUGCCACUUGUCGACCGGUCAGGAGGCUGUUGCUGUCGGUAUCGAAUACGCCAUUACCCCCGAGGACAAGCUUAUUACCGCCUACCGUUGCCACGGUUAUGCCAUGAUGCGUGGCGGUACCGUCAAGUCGAUUAUUGGAGAACUUUUGGGUCGCCGUGAGGGUAUUGCUUAUGGCAAGGGUGGUUCCAUGCACAUGUUCGCGCCAAACUUCUACGGUGGAAACGGUAUUGUCGGUGCUCAGGUUCCUGUCGGUGCUGGUCUCGCUUUCGCUCAACAGUACAACGAGGAGAAGACCUGCUCCAUCGCUCUCUACGGUGAUGGUGCCUCCAACCAGGGUCAGGUCUUUGAGGCUUUCAACAUGGCUAAGCUCUGGAACCUUCCAGUCUUGUUUGGCUGUGAAAACAACAAAUACGGAAUGGGUACCUCCGCUGCUCGUUCUUCUGCGCUCACCGAUUACUACAAGCGUGGACAGUACAUUCCUGGUAUCAAGGUCAACGGUAUGGACGUCCUCGCCACCAAGGCCGCCGUUCAGUACGGUCGUGAGUACGCCAUUUCUGGCAAGGGACCUCUCGUCUACGAGUACGUCACCUACCGAUAUGGAGGCCACUCCAUGUCCGACCCUGGUACCACCUACCGUAGCCGUGAGGAAAUCCAGCGCAUGCGCAGCACCCACGACCCCAUUGCCGGCCUGAAGCAGAAGCUCUUGGACUGGUCCGUCGUCACCGAGGAGGAGCUCAAGACCAUUGACAAGGAGGCCCGCAGCAACGUCGAUGCAGAGGUUGCCGAAGCCGAGCAGAUGGCUUUCCCUGAGGCUAACAACCGUAUUCUAUACGAGGACAUCUACGUUCGUGGCAGCGAGCCUCUUUGGCAGCGCGGUCGUACCAUUGACGAGACUUACUACUUUUAG